UAAGCCAGUGAAAACACUGUUCUUACUUCAACUUAAACUGGCUGAGGCAUACGAAUAACAAGCCGUAUGCCAUGAAAUAUAUCGCAGUAUUUAGACGAUAAAUAUUAAAUAUUGUUUACUAAUACAGUGUGCCUUGUAAUUGUUUUAUAAUUUUAACCUAUAGAUUUGAUUUGUAGGCUAAUUGUUAUUAAUCCUAAAUUAUAAAAGAUGUCGGUGAAUGUAUGUAUAGAAGCUCAUCAAGAGUACCAAGUACAAGAAAUAACUUACGAUGGCCAAGAAAUUUAUUCUCAGCCUCUUUCUAUGUCAGAGAAUCUGACACGUUUGGCUCAUAAAAUAGAUUUUGUGAAAACUGAAAGCGAUCAACAAACAUCAGCAGAUUCUACUGAAGAAGAUAGCAAAGAACUUGCUACAUUUCAAGCUUCUCUAUGGCCUUGGGAUUCUGUGCGGGGGAAAUUAAGGUCUAUGUUAACUGAAGUUUGUGUGCUCGUUGAUGUUUUAAAUAUUGCUAAAGAGAAACGAUAUAUGGUAAUAGAUCCAGUUGCUCAAGACCCUGCAGAGGCGAAACCCCUUGUUGCAGUAUUACAAAAGAAAAAAGCACUCUCAAAUGCUGCUGCUAUUCUCAUGAGAGGAUCUGAAAGAUUAAGGGAAUCUCAGUCUGAAACAAUUCGAACCAGAACUUUAUCAGACUUUCAUAUUGAGUUACUUCAUAUGCGACAGACAUGGAGGUUAAAGAAAAUAGGGAGCAAUAUAUUAGGAGAUCUUAGCUUUCGUAGUGCUGGUUCAAGGUAUUGGCAAUCUGGAGUUUUUGAAGUAAGCAAGAAUGAGGUGCCUGAAAACCCACCUCCUCCGCCAGUUUUGCCUGCUAGUGGGCCUCCAGUCCGACACAAUGCCAUCAAAGUCACUUUACCUAAUGAACUUGAAGGCUUCAGCUACAUCCAUGUAUCUAUACAAAUGGAUAAUGAAACUAUAGCCAGUGGUGAAUUAACUAUACCCUUAAGUGGCAGCAGUUUAAGUCAAACUGAAGUACACUGGCAACAGAAAUUGGAAGCUGCUCAGAAUGUCUUAUUUUGCAAAGAACUUUUUUCUCAACUUGCCAGUGAAGCUGUUCAAACACAAUCCAAUAUUCCUAACCUUGUUGUUGGAAAUCAAAUUACAACUUCACUCUUUCCUGGUGUACAGUUGAUAAUAGGUUUAUGCCAUACAACCGUCCAAGAUCGUGUUAAGGGUACAACCAGCAGCACUCAAACUCGUGAACAUAAGCCUGUGCUAGAGCAUUCACUGCACCAAUUGUUAAGAGAGUUGCAUUACAAAGCAAUCCACCACCCUAUGCCUCAUCCAACUACUUCAGCCUUGGGUAUCAGCAAAAGGAGGAGGUUAGCAGGACCAGAAGCAUCUGAUAUCGAAACAAUUCGUCGCUCCAUUGAAUACGAAACUCUUUUGGAACAAAUUAUAAAACAAACUCGACAUGUUGUACUAAGAUUAAGGACAAUGAUGAUAAUUGACACCUUUGCUUGUGAAAUAAAAGAUCCUUUGAUUGUGGCACAUUGGUUAUGUCUGAGCAGCCCCACACUAAGCAGUGUAAAAAUUAACAUCAUGACUCUUGGUUAUGAAACUAUGUGCAGAACACCAUUGGUUAUUCAUGUGGAGGAAAAGAGCUUGAAGGCAAUUUGUAGGGAUGGUAGAACCAUGUCAUUAUCUUAUGAACCAGAAGAGCUUCGAUAUCUUCUCAUGUGCCAAGCCUCUCAGCAUCAAGUGAAUGCAGCCCAAGCUUUAGCAAAACUAAUGGGAUGGAAAGUGCUGUCCUCUGGCAUUAAUUUAGGAGUAGGAAAUGUAGAACCUACUGGAAAUGCAUCUUCAGUUUUGAUGACAUCUCCUGCUGGUGACAGGGUGAUAGCUCUUCGCUGUAGUCCAAAGAAUGGAAUCCAUGUGAGUGUGUCCUUUUCUCCACAGACUACAGACUUUUAUCCUAGUACAUUGGUGCGUGAUAGAAAGUGGCAAAACUUGGCAGGAAGUUUCAGGGAAGUGACGUUAGAAAAAAUGGAAGGAAGGAACUUUUUAAAUAAGCUAGAACAUCUGAUGGCAUGCCUCACACCAUGUUGAUGUUAUUUAUGAAAAUCAAAUUUUAUUUUGUAUUUAUGUAUAUAUUGCAUUUUAUAACUGAUAUACUAUCAAUUUCAUUGUACAUGUUUCUAAUAUAUGGAUAAUAAAAUAUUAAUUUCAAUCGA